AUGUCGGCCAAGAGAAAAGCACCCGAAGACCCCACAGAGCCCCCGCGUCCGACCAAGGAGCAACGUCUCUCCCCAUCCUCCGCACCGCAGAUCUUCAAACUUGCAUAUCCAUCUCGCUCUGUAUCCAUUCACACAAAGACACCCGCCUUCCAGCGCCCCACCCAAGUCGUCUCUUUCUCGUACGACUCCACGCAUACACUCAGAUGGGAUGACUCCUCGCUGCGGUACUACGUUGAUCCACCCCGCAAUGCAGACUUCAACAACGCGUACGAACGCUGGGUACGCAAAACUGAAACCAGACCACGAAUAGACGCGCUCUUGCGCGCAUGGUCACGUACGAAGAAGCGGAUGGCAGAGACGAAUCCUCAGGCUAUGGCUGCGGGUUUGGGUAUAGGCGCUAUGUGCUGGAGAGGGGUAAUGACUAAAAUCCUGACUGCUCCGUACGAGGAUCGUGAUGGCUGGGAGAUGAACGUCAUGCUCGUCAACGGCACGCUCUAUCUCGAAGAGCAUCUCACACGGGCAAAGCUGCGAGACAAGGAAGGCAUGGCGCCUCGUCAGAGGAAGCAGACGUAUUACGGCUACGCGUUUGAGUCGUACUGCACGCGUGAGAGCCCACCGAAUCCUCACUCCGGGCCGAGCAAUACUGGAUGGGGUGGCGACGUCAACACGAACGAACAAUGGUGCAGUGUGGUUAAGACCAAACUGGGGGAUACGCGGUUUAUCAUAGGUGGUGAGGUCGACUGCGUACGAAGCAAAUACACUGGCAACACUGACACCUUCGUCGAGCUCAAGACAUCGCUUGUUAUCCGACAUCCUGGGGAUGAGGCUCGGUUUGAGAAGAAACUGUUGAAGUUCUACUUUCAGUCAUUCCUCCUGGGAGUUCCCGAAAUUGUCGUCGGCUUUCGACAACCUUCGGGCCACCUUAGCACGCUCCAGUCCUUCAAUACGACCGCCCUUCCGCGUCUUGUGCGUGGUAAGCCAGAUGCGUGGGAUCCUGCGAUUUGCCUUGCAUGGGGCGAGCGCUUUCUUAUGUUCCUCCGCUCCUCUAUAUCCGCGGCGAUAUCGUCGGCAAAUGGCACGCAUACAGAGGAUGUCAAACAAGAUGACGAGUCGGCUCUACCGGGAGAGAAAGCAGUAUGGCGCGUUCGUUUCGAACCGGGUGAGGGUGUGUCGCUGGAGCGAUUGAGCCGUGAUGCAGUGAAUGACGUCGAGAGCUGGGACGAUGAUACAACUGACGGAUCUGACACGGUCUCCGCCAGCGAAAGCCGCGUAGGAUUCAUUCCGGCAUGGUAUUGGGAAGAGUUGUGCACCGAGUCUAGAUCUCGACCUUCGCAGUCGUCGGCUGGCCAGAAGGCGGAAUUAGACACACGCCCAAAACGCGGUUCCGAUGCUGCUCCGGGUUCUGGAUUUGCAAACGGACAACGAGAUGAUGACUCAAAAGAUGUCAAUGGGACGAAACCUGUAAAGAUACCUGCGGGGUGGCAGAUUUAGGCUCACUAUGGUCCGUUCCUACCGCAACUGUGAUCUGAAGGCACGCUCUUCUGUAUUC